CCGAUCCAGGUGGUGUCGCAUACUGACGGCGUCGCGAUGGAGUCGAGGGCGGGUAUUUCCAAACAGGACAUUCGUGAGCAGAUUUGGGACUACAUGGAAUCACAAAAUUUAGCUGACUUUCCCCGACCUGUUCAUCACAGGAUUCCCAACUUCAAGGGCUCUUAUCUGGCUUGCCAAAACAUCAAAGACCUAGAAGUUUUUUCCAGCAUGCAGGAAGUUAAAGUGGACCCCGAUAAACCACUGGAAGGCGUUCGGCUGUUGGCACUACAGAGCAAAAAAACGUUGUUGGUUCCAACACCACGACUGAGAACAGGGUUAUUUAAUAGGAUCACACCACCCCCUGGGGCAACUAAAGACAUCCUGAGAAAAUGUGCCACCUCUCAGGGUGUGAGGAACUACAGCACACCCGUGGGCUUGGACGCCAGGGUCCUUGUGGACUUGAUUGUGGUGGGAUCUGUUGCCGUUUCUGAAAAAGGCUGGAGAAUCGGGAAGGGGGAAGGUUAUGCUGAUCUUGAAUAUGCCAUGAUGGUGUCGAUGGGAGCAGUCAGCCAGGCGACGCCAGUGGUGACCAUCGUCCACGACUGCCAGGUCGUUGACAUACCUGAAGCGCUCCUUGAGGAUCACGACCUCACAGUGGACUAUAUUCUCACUCCAACGAGAGUCAUCACCACAGGCUGUGAGCGCCCAAAGCCAAGAGGAAUCACCUGGUCCAAGAUCAGCUAUGAGAUGAUGGGGAAAAUCCCAAUACUCAGAAGUCUUCGCUCCCGAGAGCAGCAGGCUGGGAAAGAUGUCACCCUUCAGGAUGAGCACCAGCACCUUCUGGAAACCUGCAGCCAGCAGACGGCUCCCCCGGGCGCUGUCAGAAGACCCUGGGACCCAGCCCCGCGGGAGUCAGGUUCCGUGCAAGGGGAGGAUGUGCCUUCUGACACUGUUUAUGUGGGGAACCUCCCCUGGGAUACCCGAGUGAGUGAGCUGAAGAGAGCCCUCCGAGAACUCGGCGCAGCCCCACUGCGGCUUACCUGGCAGGGACCACGGCACAGGGCCUUCCUCCAUUACCCGGACUCAGCCUCAGCCCAGCAAGCCGUCUCCUGCUUGCAGGGCUUGCGCCUGGGCACCAACACCUUGAAGGUGGCACUGGCCAGGCCACAGAGAGCCAAUGACCUGGGGGGCGGCCGUGCUGGAGAGCCGCACCCUGACGCUUACCCGACCAUCUGAUCUGUGACGAGUCCCACUCCGGUCUCCAUGGAACUUCAGAUGCCUGCAUAGUAGGACGCCACAAAGCUGUUGCUGCCUGAGCUGCUUUGACAAAGUUCAGUUCUUUUUAGGAAGUCACCGCCUUCGGUUACUGCCCGAGAAUGUUCUGAUGAGUAGGAGCUAUUAGC